AAACUCGGCAAACCUGACCAACCCUCGUCUCUUACAACGUAAUAAUAUGCUUUCGGCCGCCUAUUGAAAUAAGCGACUACCAAUUGAAGAACACGGAUAGCUUUUUUCUCCAUCAAUGGCGGAAGCCCAAAACGACAAAACUCCGUCCCUAGCUGAGGCAUAUUUGUUGAAGGAAAAAGACAGGAAGGAAGAUGUGACUGUUAUAACUGCGGAAGUAAAAGAGGUUGAGGCCCCAGUGACUGCUGAUUCUAAGGAAUUUGUCACUGAGAUAGCUGAGGAAACAACUGCUGUCGAAGAAAAUCCAAAAGUCACCCCUGCUCCUACUAUUGAAGAAAGUGCUGAAAUCACUCCUUCUUCUGAGGAAAACAGUGGUAAAACUGCUGUAACUGCUGCUGAGGGAAGCAGCAAAACUGAUGAAAACUUGAGUGAUCAGGAGGAAGCUGCUGAAGAGACACCUGAGAUAAAGUUGGAGACAGCACCUGCAGAUUACCGAUUCCCAACUACUAAUCAAACAAGGCAUUGCUUUACCCGUUAUAUUGAGUAUCACCGGUGUGUAGCUGCCAAGGGAGAAGGUGCCACAGAGUGUGAUAAGUUCGCAAAAUUUUAUCGUUCUCUUUGCCCUGGUGAAUGGAUUGAGAAAUGGAAUGAGCAAAGGGAGAAUGGCACCUUCCCCGGUCCUCUGUAGACAGUGCUUCUUUUGCGAGCCUGGAUGUCAUUUGCUUCCUGCUGUUGAACCUGAGUUGCGAUUAUGAAUCAAAGUGAAUUCUCAGAGAUGUUUUCUAAAAUUUAAUGAGUUAAUAAAAUUUUUUUGGCUUGUCAAUUAGAACUAGUUCAAGUCUAAAUACCGAGAUGUAUCGCUCCACACAGAGGUCGUUGCUUACCAAGUGGUAAAGGUUUUACCCAUCAUAAUUUUUCUGCGGCGGACUGCUUGCUGUGUAAUGGUUUCAGGCUACUUUGUAGCAACUAAUAAUGAGAUCAGUCCUUGACGGUUA